CCCUGCAGCCCCAGUCUGCACUUCCUCCCGCUGAGAGCAGGUAUCCUUCAGAGAGCUUUUUUCAGAGAGAUUUUUGGGGGAUUUUGGGACAUUUUGGGUCAUUUUCAUCCAGUGCACAUUACAGCUGUCAGUGUAACGGCUGACCAUGAAGCACUGCUGCAGCUCUCAGGGCCACUCUGCUUCUCUUACAGCCUGAUUUCUGACACAUCUGUAGAGGAGCGUAGAGGAACAUAUCACCUUCCUUCUUCAGAUGAACUGUGAAAUCGCUGGUUUAUAUUUGUGAGAGGAGGCUUUUGGGAAAAUAGACGCACAUAUCCGAAGUUAAUCAAACCAGUACCAAGAGAAAAUCCAAGCUGGACCUGAAAGAAGACAGCAGGCAGAAUUAAGAUCAACUGUCCAUCUGCAUCACUCUGCAUCUGGAAUCAACCCGGACUGGGAGUUUCCUCACUACAAGACAGCGAAUCUCCUCCAAAUCUUCUAGGAGACGAUUGCAACAUCUAACCUAAUCAAAACCUACAAAAGUAAUCAUCUAAGUGACUUAUGGUAAUCAAGUAAUGUUGAAGACAUUUAAGACCACUGAACCAAAGCUAUAAAAACAAGCCAAGACAUAUAAGAGAUGUUUGGGACAACUGAAAAAAGUCAAGCUAUCUAAAAAAAAACAUUUGGGACCACUGACAAUCAAACAAUCUAAUCAAACAGGUGAUGUUUAGACCUACAUAACAAGCCAAAACAUCUAAGAGACAUUCGUAAUCAAGUAAUAUUAGAGCUGCUUAGGGCUACUGAUCCUUGUCAAGCAAUCUAAAAGACUUCUGGGAUCACAGUACCUAAUCAAGCCAUUGAAAAUACGUUUAGACCACUAAACCUAAUCCAGUUAUUGAGGUGUUGUUUAGACAGAGUCCAAGACAUAUAAAAGAUGUUUGGGACCACUGAAAAAAGUCAGGCUAUCUAAAAACGUUUGGGACCACUGACCCUAAUCAAUUCACCUAGGUGUUGUUUAGACCUACAAAACCAGCCAAAACAUCUAAGAGACGUUCGUACUCAAGUAAUAUUAGAGCUGCUUAGGGCUACUGAACCUUGUCAAGCAAUCUAAACGUUUUCUGGGAUCACUGUACCCAAUCAAACCUUCAAAAAGACGUUUGGACCACUAAACCUAAUUAAGUCACCUAGUUGUUGUUUAGACCUAUAAAACAAGCCAAAACAUCUAAGAGACGUUGGUAAUCAGUUAAUAUUAGAGCUGUUUAGGGCUACUGAUCCUUUGUCAAGCAAUCUAAACGUUUUCUGGGAUCACUGUACCUAAUCAAACCUUUAAAAAGACGUUUGGACCACUAAAUCUAAUCAAGUCACCCAGGAGUUGUUUAAACCUAUAAAGACAUCCAAGAUAUGUUUGUUAUUCAAGACAUCUAACAAACAUUUGGAACUACUGAACCUGAUAAAGGCAUCUAAAUAUCUGAUAAUCAAAACAUCUAAGAGACAUCUGUAAUCAAGUAGUAUUAAAGCUGUUUAGGACUACUGAACCUAAUCAAGCAAUCUAAAAGACUUCUGGGAUCACUGUACCUUGUUUAUACCUAUAAAACUUGCCAAGACAUCUGAAAUAUGUUUGGUAUUAGAGACAUCUAAGAAACAUUUGGAACUACUGAACCUGAUAAAGGCAUCAAAAUAUCUGAUAAUCAAAGCCUCUAAGAGACUUUUGGGACGACUAAGACUAAACGAGUCAUCUAAAAGGCGUCCAAAAGACUAUAAGUGAUUAUGGAAAUCCUGGAUCCCUCAGCCCUGCCUGACCCCGCUACCCCCACAGUGACGUUUGACCCCAGGUCUGAGACGGUCACCUUCCCCAGCAGGGUGGUCUCGGUGGCGGGCGUGACCGUGAUUACCGGGGGCACGGAGAUGUCGUGGGGCUCCUGUAUCCUGGCGUUCGGGUUCUGGGGCACUCUGAUUGGGCUGAGUAUGGUCUGUGUGGGGCUGUGGGAUUACUCCGUGCAGAAGGGUGGAGACCACUCCCUGCUGCUGGUUUUGGGUUUGGUGGUUCUGGCGGUGAGCUCGGGUUUUGUGCUGGGGGUGUUCGGGUUCAGGCUGCUGAUGAAGAAGAGGAGAAGAAUAAGGAGAUCGAGAGAAGAAGGAAAGGUUGUGUUGGUGUCUGAGGAAGGAAUGAACGUCAUAAAAACGGUGACUGUGUAAAAAAAGAUCAGGUUCCCACAAAUUUACUUUAAAGAUUUUAAGUUAAUGAGAACCACAAAAUGCAUUUUAUACUCAUCACUUAAUAGAAUUGAUAUUAAACUUUUAAUUUAUAUUGUUGCUGCUAUUGUAAACUGUAUAUUUGUCCGUUUUUAUUAAACGUAUAU